AUGAGUAUGGACUUGACAUUCUUAGGGACGGGCUCGGCCUACCCGUCCCCUCAUCGCGGCGCCUCGGCCCUGGUUCUGCGGAAUGAUGGCGAUUGUUGGUUAUUCGAUUGCGGGGAAGGGACGCAGACGCAGCUGAUGAAAAGCCCCAUACGAGCAGGUCGUAUCAGCAAGGUGUUCAUCUCUCACCUUCACGGCGAUCACCUGUUUGGUCUACCGGGCCUCCUCUGCACCGUAAGCCUCAACUUGACCUCUGAUUCCCGGGCCGAUGAUAAGUGCGUGGAGGUGUUCGGGCCCCGCGGUCUGCGCCGCUUUCUGCGGGUUUCAUUGGGUCUAACAGGCUCGCAGCUGCUCUUCCCUUAUGCUGUUCAUGAACUGGAACCUACAUUAGAUCAAAGUCCAGAGGAGGGUCAGCUCAGUCUUGAGAUGACUGCAGCGAAUGAUCCUCCGCUCCCUCAGGAGCGUCCUGGCAGAAACAUUUCUUUGGAUACCUUGUCCGAUGCUUACUUCCUAUUUGAAGAUGACAAGUUUGUAGUGAAAGCCUUCCGCUUGUUCCACCGCGUUCCCUCUUUCGGAUUCUGCGUGCACGAACGUGACCGGCCAGGCAGGCUCAAGACGGAACUCCUCAAAGAAAUUGGUCUAAAUCCCGGUCCUGCAUACGGGCGUCUCAAAGCCGGUCACCAGGUCCAACUGGAAAACGGACAAGUGAUUUCACCUGCCGAGUUUUUGGAUGAGAACAUCCCCGGGAGGAAAGUGUGCAUCCUGGGGGAUUGCAGCUCAGCGCUGAGCAGCGGUCUCAACGUGUGCCAGGGGGCCGACCUUCUAGUCCACGAAGCCACGUUGGGGGAAGCGCACCGGGAUAAGGCGGCCGAGCGUGGGCACAGCACACCUAGGAUGGCGGCAGAGUUGGCGCGGGCCUGCGGGGCUCGUAGGCUGGCUUUGUAUCAUUUUAGCCAGAGGUACAAACCCGAACAUCUUCACCGAGACGGAGACGAUGACGACAAGGUUUCGGAGCUCCGACGUCAGGCUGAAGAAGUUCUCUGUGACGACAGUGUCGAGGUCAUUCUGGCGGAGGACUUUCUCACCAUCGACAUUCCUCUACGCGCAAGUAAAUCAUCAAGAUGA